AUGUAUCAUCGUCCCACGCCCUGUCAUAGACGGCCUUGCUUACGGCACUCCACGUCAAACUUAACCACCCUUCUCGACACCAGCUCAAACAAGUCGUCCUUCGCUAAUUUCUACGCAUUGGACCUUGAUAAAGCCCUAGACCGGUGCUCACAGUCAUGCCACAUUUGUGCCUCACUUCAGAAGAUUCCCAACUGUUUGAUUGAACAGUCCACAUCGGACCCUCCUGAUGCAGUUGGCCUUUCAUUUGCAGCUGAUGUAAUGAAGAGAAACAAACAGCUCAUCCUGGUCGUUCGCGAGACAACUACUUCGUUUACCACGUCCUGCAUAAUAGAAAAUGAAUGCCAUGAUACUCUCCGUGCUAACCUCAUUUUCCUCUGCCUUGAGCUACGCCCAAUAUCUGGCCCAUGCGCAGUAAUCAGAGUCAAUCCAGCUCCCGGAUUUGCUUCCCUAUCCAACGACGAGGAAUUGCGACGACAUAAAAUUACCGUUGAGAUUGGUCGCAUAAAGAACGUGAACAAGAACCCUGUGGCCGAGAAAUGCAUUGCCGAGCUCGGUGAUGAACUGUUGCGCGUCUCUCCAGAAGGUGGUGCCGUCUCCCCUGUAACACUAGCGAUUGCCACGGCAAACCUGAAUACUCGUAUUUGUGACAGAGGUCUAUAUGCCCGUGAGAUGUGGUACCAGCGUGACCAGUUUACGAAUUCGCAACUUCCCAUCUCCGACCUACACCUAAUCAGAGAACAGCACUCUCACCGUAUACAUAAUCACCCUGCCAGUGAGAAGUCUAAAACCCCCAGUGGUCAACGCCGAGCAUUGCCCGCCCUUCAAGUUGGUGACCUGGUAUAUAUCAGUUCAGAUGGCUCCAAAACUCGUGCACGAGAUCGAUACUUGGUUGUGUCAAUUGAUGGGUCGUGGUGUAAUGUACCCAAGUUUGCUGGUUCCCAACUCCGAUCCUCGCCAUAUCGCAUCAACUUAUCAGAGUGCUUUCUUGUCACCAACAAUUUCACUGCUCCACCUCCAAGUCCUCGUCUCCACCAAUCUCACAAGUACACUCCAGCUGAUGAACCCAAGCCUCCCUGUCCACCUCGAGUCCCGGAAAAGUUAUCCCUUCCACCCUACAACGAUGAUUGUGUUUUACCCUCAUCUCACACCACUUGUUUCCCUGGUCCUGAUUACAAACAUUCCCCAUCUAACUCUUAUAAAGCUGAUGAGCUCACUACUAGUCUUCCUAGCCCCUGCCAGUCACCCUCCACCUCUGCUGCAUCCGAAGAUUCACCUGCCCCUCGACCCUCCAGUCACCAACGCCAUUCUCCCGUUCACCUGCAAGACUUUGUUACAUAG